AACCCCUUCUUCUAUAGAUUAGAAUCGUUGCUGCCGCCACCCACCGUGACCUUAUUGCAACGCCAUCGCUGCCGCCAUGCACCCCACCCUCUCAGAUUCAUCGCCGCACUCGUGUCACGCUGCCCUCCUCCAUCUCUCUUCCUCAAAGCAUGAUUUUAAAUCAAUGAUGGUACAGAUUGUAAUGAUAGUGUCGUUGAUAAUGGUAUACAAUGGUGAUGUCGUCAGUAGUGACAAUGAAAAAUCAAAGGCGUCAAUGGUAAGUUUCGAUAGUAGCGGUGCGGUGGGGCGGAGCAGAGGACGGUGGUGGUGGAAAUUCAAGUGAUAGUGGCAGGGAUGCAGCGACGAAGAUGGCGAUAGUGGGCAUCACCGUCGACGAUGAUCGAUUGCGGUAGUGGGCGUCGCCUUCGGCAGCACGCUGUUGUGAAGUUGGCCGAACUUUUUUUAGUUUUUGGACUUGGCCACCACCGGCGGAUCUAUUGCUAAACUAGCUAAUGAGGUAAAAGUGGUGAUCUAUUUGAAUUUGGUUAUCUAAUUCAUGUAAGAGAUAUUAUUAGAUUUAUUGAACUUUCACAAAUGAUUCAAACACUCUUAACAUAUUAGUGUCUCCUGUAUUAAAAGAGAGAGAACUUU